AUGCUCUGCACAAGGCUGGCUGGCCGGGGCUGCAGGACCCCUUCGUGGCUGCCACGUUUAUUCUCCCGUCUCAACUGGUCCUUCUCGCGCAAGUACUGGUUCUCCCUGCUGUUUAACGCCAUUGUCGCCGCCAAACUGCUCCAUAUUUACUCGCACCUGCACUCACUGCCCUGGGACCGGUUUGUGGCAUGGGGCCCGACGCUCUUUCUGCAGGAUGCGCUGUUUCUCAUCUUGUGCUGGUGUUGCUGUCGGAAUUUUCAGCCUCAAUGGAUGCGAUUCGGGGCGGUCGCGGUGGUUGUGCCGCUCAGUCUCGCCAUCUCUUGUAUGGCUGCUGCGAACAUCUCCUUCUACUUCUCCACCGGCGCUGAGAUCCAUUGGCGACAAGCACACUACUUCCACCGCGAUGCCGCAUCCAUCAAAACACUGCUGACCGGUCUGGGAGGGUUGGUGAUUGUGGAGGUCCUGUUUAUCGCCGCGUCCUGGUUUACGACGCCGUACACAUACAAUGCGGUUGGGUGGUUUUGCCGAAUUCUGUGGUCUUUUUUUCCUAAUAGGAUUAGCCACUACUUCCGGCCAAGCCGGUCUCCUGCUGUUUCCAAGGUCUAUGAGCAAGUGGCUCGUGACGACUAUGACGCUGGCGACAGUUAUGGGGCCCGCGAUGUCUAUGAGGAUGAUAAGAGUGAUACCGAGUCCGUAUCUCUCUCGGACGAACGCAAUCCGGUUCAGCCGGUGAUGCGGGAGAAAGUGCACGAUGGCCCCUGGUCUCUGCUGAUUCGCCUAGUGGUGCUUUUUUGCACCAUCUUGGUUUUACUUCUCCGAUUCAUUCGCCCAUCGGAUCCUGCGUAUUGGUUUCUCUCGCAGACAUUGAUCAUCUCGCCAUUCGAAGAUUCGACACCUCGAGAUAAUCACCCGGUUAUCGAGAUGCCUGAUGAUCUGCCAGGUAACUACACUUGGCUCGGCAAUCAUACAGCACUUGGGACUCCUCCCGCUUUUGACUGGCUGCCUUCCGAACAGCUCGCUGGAUUCAGAGACUGGUAUUCGAACUCGAGUCGUCCCGAUGGAUACACCCACUAUGAUCCGUCCAAAGAUCCACUGCAUAUUUCCAAUCUGAAGGAGGACAUUCUCCAGCCUCUACGCGAGGCCCUUCACAAUGGCAGCGUCAACAUCAAGCACGUCUUCGUGUUUGAGCUAGAAAGCACCCGCGCGGAUGUGUUUCCUCUGCGGAAGAAAUCCUAUAUGGCUAAUCGCAUUCGAAAAACUUACAGCCAUGAUCAUCUCCCGGAAGAUGUGGAGGAACGAUUGGCUAACCUGACGCGUACCGCGGAGCGAUUGACUGGUGUCCAGUCAGGAUGGGAACGCUUUCCCCACCAGCAACCGUACGGUGGCAUUCGUGCAACAAACUCUUACACUGGCGGUACAUUCACUCUGAAAAGUAUUGCUGCCACUGUGUGUGGUCUUGCACCAUUGGUCGUCGACUUCAAUCGCGAAUAUCUCCAUCACAUUUACCAGCCCUGCCUGCCGCAUAUUUUCGGUGCGUUGAACGCGCAAUCUAAUUCCAACAGCACAACCGAUGACUACACUUCAUGGACCUGGCGUUCUUUGUCUAUGCAGUCUAUCACAGAUAACUACGAUAAUCAAGGUCUUCUGAUGCCGAAGUUGGGCUUUGAAGACUCGGUGACCUCCGAAACUCUCGCUGAGGACUUCGCCGAGAAGGGCAUUGAGGGAGAAAAGUACAACUUCUGGGGAUACACCGAAAAUCAACUGGGCAGCUAUUUCCGUGAAGCUAUCCUCAACGCUGAGGAGAAGCACGAGCGGCUAUUUAUCUCGCACCUGACCGGCAUUUCGCAUCAUCCUUGGACCAUGCCGGAUAAUAAAUUUGAAGAGAUGGUCAGUUGGAACUUAUUUGGGAGCAACGAGAAGUUGAAUCGGUAUUUGAACACCAUUGGAUUCGUCGAUGGAUGGUUGGGCCAAGUCCUGGAUAUCCUGGAGGAGACCGGGGUCGCCAACGAGACUCUUCUCGUGAUGACUGGUGACCACGGCAUUUCCCUCGCGGAGGAUGGAGGUGUGACCCCGUACGAUAAUCCUCAUGUCUCCAAUUUCCACGUUCCCCUGGUCUUCGCCCACCCUCAUCUCCCUCCAAUCGAAGUCACAGAUCGCGUCACUUCCAUGCAAAUCCUCCCAACGAUCCUCGACCUUCUCAUGGAAUCUUCCUCCGUCGACGACAAGUCCAUGCAGACCUUGAAAGACCUACUCCCCCUCUACGAAGGACAAUCCAUGAUCCGCGAUCUGGUCCCGCAGAAAGAUGAAAAACAGAACUGGCAGUUCACCGUAAUGAACAGCGGAGGCACCUGGCUUGCUCUGCGCUCAGCUGCUUAUCCAUAUCGACUGGUGAUCCCGCUUGUUCCCGAUGUGGAAUGGCGAUUCUCUGAUGUCGAUGCUGAUCCGCAUGAACUGCAUAAUAUCAUGGCAUUUGACCUUUCAAAUUUGAUCAAGAUAUUAAGUGAGGAGCGCACUGAAGAGGUGGUCCAGUGGGUUACGGAUGCGGCGCAUGUUGCGCAAUGGUGGCUUUCUGAGAAUUGGCGCCGCUAUGAAUAUGUGCCAGAAUGA